GAGUUCGGAAAACGUCUGUUUCUUUAGCUUCCGCGCCACACUGGCAGGAGGCUCGUCUCAAACCCCAUCAAAAACGCUGUGGAGUCAGAACUCGCGACUUAGGAGGUUUUAAAACGCAUUCUUCCGCCUUUCCUCCAAAAACCGUCUGCGCAUGUUCCCUAACAAACCUGCAGAGGCCUCUUGUCUGUUUUUAUUGCCGGAGUUGCCGUGUCUGGGGACUUGUAGCCAACACAUUUUUAUUUGCGGUGGACGCAUUGCGUCUUACCCGCGGUCAUAUGUGAGUUAUUCAGCUGCAGAACUUCACGUACUUUGGAAAUUCCGAGCUCUGUCGCCCCUGUGCGUACUCAGCCGCAGUCAAGGGUGGCCCGUUGACUUCGCUUGCAGUGGCGCCAGUGACCGAAAAUAGUUGAGAAUGCUGCGGUGAUUUCCUUCAUGUUUUUCCCACUUCGUUUCAAAUCUUUUCCCUCGAUACCCAUCCUGCUGACCGGGGCUGACCGCGCUGCAGCGCUGGCGCAUUUCGGCCGUCGCGCCUCUCCGGCGGACCUUUUUCUGCGGCACAAUGUGCUUCUUGAGUUUUCAAUAUUUUCGGUGUCAGAGGAGUUCGAGCGAGGCUGUGGAACAGCACUUUGCCUUAGAUCGCAGACUCUUUUCUCAGGUAGACGGAAGGGGUCCAAGAAGAUCCUAAACGGGAGCGAAAAAGUCGCUGCAACCACGUCAGAAUGAAUGUGUUGGCAAGAGCUCUUCGAAGCGGCGCGACUGCCGCUCUUCAGUUGCCGCGACGAGGAAUUGACGAACUUUGGAAGGGAAGCUACCUGGAUCCCACUAUUGGCGCGAAACAGAAGGAGGCGAACGCUGUGGCGGGCGACGCGUGGCCCGCGUGUUUGCUGCGCAUGAAGUCUUUUGAAGACCUUCAUAAGCUUUGGUAUAUUUGCUUGAAGGAGAAGAAUUUGCUGAUGGGAGAGCGAUGGGCCGCACGCCAGCACAAACAGGAAAUGAAGCAGCCGGAGCGUCUGCAGAAGGUGCGCCGGACGAUGCGGCGAAUCCUCAUUGUUCUGACGAAGCGCGAGAUCCAGCAGCAGUGUCUGCGGGCGAAAGAUAUUCUUGCAAAGCAGCAGAAACGUGAGGCACUCGAGACGCGCCGGUUCCAGCUGGAGGAAAAAAUGCUUCAGCUGGAACAUCGUAUCCGGCGAAUGGAACCUGCGCAGUCUCUUCAGAAAGAAGCCUGGCAAGCAACUCUGGAUCGGUACCGCUCCGACCACGAAGACAUCCUCAUUCAGCUGCACCCUUUGCGAAAAGAGACGACUCAGCUGCUUGCGCCGGAUUGGAGGUAUGAACGAAAGUACUCCGACUUACCCGGACCGAUUCGGUGGAAGAAGCAGUACAUUCCCGCGCUGGAAGACCAAUACCGUAAACCUAUUCGCUUUCACUAAUCAAAACCCAUCGACUCGCCUAUUUCUCUUGUCUUUUCGCUGGCGUCAAUUUUUCCGUAUAGUAUUCGAACGAUCUACCUGAGAACCUGGCUUUGACCUAAAUGUAGAGCACCGCCGCUCCACUCUAACGAGAUGCGGUUGCCAACUCCGCACUGCCUUGCUUGUCUGGACAAACAGAUAUGCUUUCUACCA